AUGGUGACGCAAGGUUAUCUGUCCGAACUACAACAGAAAGUUGCGCGGUUGGAACGAGCCCAAGCAAGAGCCUUUACGGAACAGAGCUUGAGGGAUCUCGAUGGCAAUGGCGCCGAUUGCAUCACUCAUCGUGAAGGGUCCAGUCCCAUCUCUGACGAGAAGCGGAGGCCCAGCUAUCAUAGCCCUGAAAGAGCACCCCGAGACUCGCCACCCAGAGAUGGAGAGGAUCCAGAUUUGACAAAUCCCCUCACGACAACGCCAUCCAGAUUUUGCAUGUCUGCUUCAAACGGCCAACCUUACUUCUUAGGCUCUUCCUCAAACUGGUCAUUCUCUCGGCAAGUUCUGAGCGUGACACACCAGCACGUUUGCCAAUCUCCGCUUCCAACCAACAGUCUCUUAUUCGACGGUUGCGCGUACGACCUCGGAUGGGACGGCUCUAGAACCACGCAAACAUUGGACAACCGAUUGAUACCGAGCUAUGACUACGCCAUCUUCCUCAUCAACGCGGUCAAGUUCCAUUGCGGCCAAAUGUUCCAUCUCUUCGAAGAGGACGAGUUCAUGGCCAACAUGCACACCUUUUACUCAAAAUCGUCUACUGAUAGGGCAGAGGAAGACAGUCUCUGGUACAUACACUUUCUGGUGGUUCUGGCCUUUGGGAAGAGCCUCAUCCAAAAAAAGAGUCAAGGAAAGAGACCGGCUGGGGCUGAGUUCUUCGUAAGGGCGCUUCAGCUUCUCCCCGAUGUCACCGCCCUUUGCAAGCAGCCGAUUUUGUCCACGGAAAUACUCUGCUCCAUGGCGUGGUACUACCAGGCUCUGGAUUUCCGGCAUGCUGCUCAUAACUUUAUCGGGCAGGCCAAAAGUGUAGCAAUGAAUCACGGCAUGCACACGGAUAUGCCGGUGAUGGAAUUGGGACCGGGCCUUGUGCAACGAUGUCGCAAAAUCUGGUGGACCGUUUACGUUUUGGACCGACAGAUGACUUCGCUGAUGGGUCUUCCCCAGUCCACACUAGAUGAGGGCUGCAUCGCACGGCCGCGUUGA